CAAACAUAUUGACCAAUGACAACUCCUAAUAAGCUUCAGGAGCGGAGUUAACUUAGGCAAAGUGCAGUGCACGCUUUUUUGUUUAAACCCACUUCAUGUAUACGAUUCGUUAAAAAAAAUGAAAUGUGCGUCAUGAUGGUACAGAGCCAAUGAAUGGAAACAGGACGGGCUGUAGACUUUUGCUGUGGUCUUUUUUUCUAAGUUCGCCUGUGUCCCGCGUUUUGGCGCUGCGUGAAGAUGGCGGAAAAUUUAAAAGGUCUUGAGGUCAAGUGUUUGUCCCCCAGAAGCCAUCUGCAGGACCUUUGCCGGCUCGCACGUCUUUCUUGUGCCCGUUUGGAGAUAAACAAGAAAAACUUAAAUGAUUUUGAAGUUGAGUAUCUCUGUGAUUAUAAAAAAGUCCAGGAUGAAGAAUAUUAUUUAGUGAAAUGGAAGGGGUAUGAGGAGUCUGAGAAUAGUUGGGAGCCCAGGAAAAACCUGAGAUGUAUGUCAAUCCUCAAGCAGUUCCACAAGGAUCUGGAAAAAGAGCUGCUCCGUCGUGGUGCCAAGGUGAAGAAAGGGAUGCGUCGGCUAGAUCCCAGUGUUUCUCAUCAGUUGGUGCUAAAGGCAAAGCAGCGCAGAGUGAUUAAGCAGUGGGAAAAGCACUUGAAUCUUAAACGUAACCACAAGGGGCGCAUUUUUGUGGAGAAUGAGGUAGACCUUGAGGGCCCUCCUCGGGAUUUUACAUACAUUAAUGAGUACAAAGUUGGGGAUGGCAUUACUCUUACUGAAGUAGCAGUUGGCUGUGAAUGUAGGAAUUGCUAUAAUGAGGCAGUGAACGGCUGUUGCCCUGGUGUCUCAAUGAACCGCUUUGCUUACAAUGAUCAAGGACAAGUGAAGCUUAAGGCAGGUAUGCCAAUCUAUGAAUGCAAUUCUCGUUGCCGAUGUGGCAUAGAAUGCCCCAAUCGUGUAGUUCAGAGGGGCAUUCAGUAUGACUUUUGCAUAUUUCGAACAUGCAAUGGACGUGGUUGGGGUGUCAGAACAAUGGAAAAAAUUCGUAAGAACAGCUUUGUCAUGGAGUAUGUAGGCGAGAUAAUUACAUCAGAGGAGGCUGAAAGGCGAGGACAGAUCUAUGACAGACAGGGAGCCACGUACCUUUUUGAUUUGGACUAUGUGGAAGAUGUUUACACUGUGGAUGCUAAACACUAUGGGAACAUAUCUCACUUUGUAAAUCACAGUUGUAAUCCUAAUCUGCAGGUAUACAACAUAUUUAUUAACAACAUUGACGAGAGACUUCCUCGGAUUGCUUUCUUUGCUACACGUACUAUAUGGGCCGGAGAAGAGCUUACAUUUGACUACAAUAUGCAUGCUGAUCCUGUUGACAUAGAAAGCACUCGAAUGGACUCCAACUUUGGCCUUGCUGGACUUGCAGGGUCCCCAAAGAAACGAAUUCGCGUUGAAUGUAAAUGUGGAACAGAUUCAUGCAGAAAGUACCUUUUCUGAAGCCACUUUUGGAUGGAAGAAAGGGAAAAAAUGAGGAACCACAAGUCUGCCAAAACUGAAAGAACUAAGUUUUGUACAGUUUUUAAAAAAGUUGCUUGGACAACAGCUGUUUUUUUUUCCUAACCCAGAGGAUGACAUCUAUUAUUUAUAUAUAUGUAUAUUAAAAAAUUUCAGGUACUGUUUCAUAUGUCAUUCUGUGCUGGAAGAAGCACCUAAAGGAGAGGUGUUAAAUCCUCCUACAUUGUGACAUGUAUAUGUAUAGUUUUAUAUAUGUGUAUGUAUAUAUUUUUUUUAAUUUGACUUGUAGGGAAGUCGCCCUUCUUGUAAGUAAAACUUUUUUAAAGACGUGAAAUGCCCCUCCCUAAAAGUGGGAUAGAUAAAAAUAAUUUAUAAGUCCGUUUGUGUUCACUUUUAACAAAGAAGGCUUUUAUAUGUUAAUUUUAAGUUCGUCACAGCUUUUUUCCAUUCCUUUAAUGCAUGCUGUUAACUAGUGGAGAUGUUUGGGAAACCUACUGCCAGAUUUCGUUCUUUCCAAAAGUGCAUUUUUUAGUGGACUUCAGUCCAUUAUUUUAACAUGUAAAUCUGCAAUUAAGUUGCUGUAGGUGGUGUUAAUGCAUAAUUUAAUCUGCUUGGAGCACAAGAAAGAAGGCAUCUGGGGAAACAGAUGAAAAGAAUGGGAACUUUGCCACUCUUGGAUUGCUGCCAUUGCGACUGAAAGUGACAUUGCCACUAACCCACCAUUGGUCCACUGCAAAGUUUUGUACUGCAGUUUUGUGACACUGUCUUAAAGCAUCACUUUGCACUAACUGGAAGUUUAGUAUGGGUUUAAACAUCUGCAGCAUCAUUUUUAAGGCCUGCCUUCUAGUGUUGGAGAUGAAGUCACAAAACUAUUUAGCAAGUUUAAAAGCCCAAGAAUGCUUGGAAACCUAGAAAUGCUAAACAAUGUCAUAAGUAUGGUCUGUAAAAUUAUAAAUUCACUGUAAAAUAAUUUGCAUUAUUCUUGUAUCCAUUUUUGGUUGAAUCAUAUAAUCAAAGCUAUGCAGAAAGAGUGGAGAAGUAAUUUACUGGGGGGGGGGGGUUCGCAUUUCAUCAGAGGAAGUUUUUUGCUUGUCGUGUUGUGGAGUUGGAGGUUAUGAACUACUGUUUGUUAGUGUACCAGCGUAAUAACUUGGUGCAGACGACUUAAAGUACUUUUGAUCCCUAUGAUGAACAACAGUGCACUGAGCUUAAAGAAGCACAUACUGGGGCAGUACAUUUAUUACAUUUGUAUUUGCAGAGUGUUCAUAUUAAGGUAUCUUGUACAUUUAUGAUUGCAAGUAAAUGCAGCAUUGAGUAAACUGCAAGGUUAGUUGGUAAAGGCAUUGUUUAAGCUGUUUCAUCCGUUUACUUAAGCAGCCAGAAUUCAGUAUUGGAGUCAUAAAACUGACUUCAUCUGUCAAACUAUAAUCAAGCUGCAGUUUCUAUUUGAAAUACUUGUGAACUUUUAUUGUAUCAUGAAUUUUGGUCCUUCUAUUCUACUUAUGUGUAGUGAUAACUGCACUGAGCUUCCACACAGAUCUAGUUUCACCAUGGUCACCUCAACAUAAGUGUGACAACCUACCUGCUUACUGUUGUGAAGCAUUUCUUUAGUUGGACAUGAGAAUGAUUAACAAAAUAUUCCACACUUUGGUGGCCUGUAUCGGCAGGUGAAGGCAGUGUUUGCAUUUACCACAACACACAAUUAGCAAACAACCACCCACCCAAAGCUAAUAUUUUUCCAGAAUAGGCUUUUGAAUCUGUUUAUAAUGGGAGAGACAGAUGUUUCUACAAAACAGAAUUUUAAUAUAAGCAUAUGUAAAAACUGAUCCCAAACAGAAUUAAUGGAUUUUUAACUUUUCACCUUGUCUGUUAAGCUGUGCUAUUUUAUUUGAAGACUAUAGGUAUUUGGAUUAAUUUUGAUAUCCUGGUAGUAUGGUAAGGUUGCUGCCUUCUAAAACUCAUGACUAUUUCUGUACAAGGUGGUACCAAUGUACCUUAUGUAAUUUUCUUAGUGGAGUGACUGUACUAUAGUUAGUUACACAACACUAAACAGUGCAGGACCUUCCCAAAAUAAAAUUAUUGUAAAAUUAGUUUUAUGCAACAACAUUUAAUGUGAAGGUUUUUAGCUCCUGGUGUUUUUCCUGUGGUAAUUUUUUUGCUUCUGAAUGACACUGCUUGCUUAAGGACCAUUGGAAACCCUUUUGUGCCUUGUCUUUCAGUUCAUGUUUUAGCAUUGUAGUUUAUUCUCUAAAGUAAUGAUAUGCAGGUUGCACAGAUAAUGUUCCAUGUUAUGGCUUCUCCCACCUCUUUUUUUUUUUUUUUUUUUUUUUUUUUCCCCACCGCCAUUUUGCCAGCCAACCUGUUCACUUGAUUGUCAGACAUUUCUGAUUUUUUUGUAUGUACAUGUCUUAGCUGUUCGCACUUCCUUAAAUAUAUGCAUCUAGUAUUUUUGUUGUCUUGAAUUUCCUAGAUUAUUUUAAUAUGUAUUGAACUACAAUAAAGAAAAAGUGUUUCUAAACCUCA